AUGAGGGUUGUUAUUGUAACAGGCGCGUCGCGCGGUAUCGGCGAGGCAACCGUUGAGAAAUUAUGCCCAACCGCCGACGUGGUUGUGGUAGGGGUUGCACGGGCGGAAACCAAAUUGCAGAAGCUGAAGGCGAGGCAUGGCAAGAAAUUCGACUAUGUUGUUGGAGACGUCACUGACGAGCGUGUGGUGCAGGCCGUGAUCGAUAAGGUGUCCUCGGAGUAUGGGCGGCUAGACGCUGUCGUAGCAAACGCCGGUGUCUCGCGCCAUGAGCGUAUCGCGACUGCGGACAUCAAGGAAUGGAGACGCCUAUUCGAGAUUAAUCUGUUUAGCGUCGUGAAUCUGGUAAGCAAGGCGCUUCCACUGCUACGUGAGUCGCAGGGCACCGUCAUUGUCGUAUCCUCGGGACUCAGCCAGAUGGGCCAUCCUGCUCUGGCAGCUUACGCGUCUUCCAAGAUUGCCUUGAAUCACUUUGCUCUGAUCCUUGCAAUGGAGGAGCCUGAAAUUCGGACCAUUGCAUUGGAUCCCGGUGCAGUGCAGACCGAUAUGCUGGCUGAGGGAAUCAACGCUGCUGACGAGGCUGCCGGUUCACAGGACAACGCUGUACGUGAGCUGCUCAAGCAGGUACGCGUGGCUACGCCAGAAGAGCCUGGUGCCGUCCUAGCUGCCUUAGCAGCAAGGGGCAUUCCCGAAGAAUUAAACGGCAAAUACGUUCGAGCUGAUAGCGAGAAAUUGGCAGCUUAUACCAGUCUAUGA